CUGUUUGUUUUGGGGAGCGGAAAGCCGUUGUUAUAGAAGGCGGGGAAAAAACUCGUUUACCAACCUGUUGGUUUUGGGGAGCGAGGGGCCGUUGCUAUAAAAGGCUGGAGGUCGGCCGACUUUGUCUCACUGCCACGGACGUCGUCCUCUGCUCUGCUUCUCCGAAGUCUCUUCGUCCACGUACCUGUCGUCCAUCAUGAGCUCAUCCAACUUCGACUUAGCCCCAAAAGGCCUCAAGGAGCUGUUCCUCAAGCACGCCGGCAAAAGCGGCAAAAAGAACAGCAUGAACAAGGGAGAGCUGAAGGCCUUGCUGCAUGAGCUGUUCCCGGGACUGCUUGAGAAUGCCAAAGACCCGGAAGCAGUGGACAAGCUGAUGAAGGCGCUGGACCACAACGAGGACUGCGAGGUGGACUUCGACGAGUUCGUGGUCCUGAUCACGGCUGUGGUCAAUGCCUCCGGGGGCCGCUGAGAAGGGGGAGAACAUGUCGUUGCUGAAAAGUCCAUCAAGGCAUCAUUCUUAUUUUUAUGUUAAAAUAGUUUGAAUACAAUGUUUGGCAAUUGUCUUUGCUAGUGUUUUUUUUUCUUUUUCUGGAAAG